CUGAAGGAAGGUGGGAACGCCGCGGUCUUCUCCUCCUCCUCCUCCUCUUCCUCCUCCUCCUCUUCGUCUGCCCCGGCCAUGGAGACGGGGCUGCUCCCCAACCACAAACUGAAAAACGUUGGCGAUCCCCCCGCUGCACCUCCCCACCACCAGCAGCACCACCAUCAUGCCCACCACCACCACCACCACCACCAUCCUCACCAUCUCCUCCACCACCACCAUGCACUACAGCAACAGCUAAAUCAAUUCCAGCAGCAGCAGCAGCAGCAGCAGCAGCAGCAGCAGCAGCAACAUCCAAUUUCCAACAACAACAACAGCCUCGUCGUCGUCGUCGGCGGCGGCAGCAACAACGGAGCGGGGGGGCAGCGGCCUCAGCCCAGUCCUGACAUGGAGCCCCAGCAACAUGGAGGAGGCAAAGACGGUGUUUUGGGAAAUCAGGCCGAGACCCAAGCGCAGCAGUUGCUGAGCAAGUCAGGCGAGGAGGAAGAGCUCCCGACUAAAAUGGGGGAGCAGAUGGGCGGCCGGUACGAGCACCCCAGCCUGGGAGCUUUGGGCGCGCAGCAGCAGCAACAGCAGCAGCAGCAGCAGCACGGCGGCGGCGGCCCCUCCGCAUCGGUGGGGGUCUCGGAGUUUAAUAAUUACUAUGGCAGCGCUCCCCCUGCGAGCGGCGGCACAGGCAGCCGAGCCGGGCCUUGCUUUGAUCAACAUGGCGGACAACAAAGCCCCGGGAUGGGGAUGAUGCACCCGGCCGCCGCCGCUGCCGGGCCCCCCAACAGCAUCGACCCCUUGCAAAACUCCCACGAAGGCUACCCCAACAGCCAGUACAACCAUUAUCCCGGCUACGGCCGGCCCGGCGCGGGAGGCGGAGGAGGCGGCGGCAGCGGCGGCGGCGGCGGCGGCGCUGGAGGAGGAGGAGGAGGAGGAGGAGGAGGAGGAGGAGGAGGUAGUGGAGUAGGAGGAGGAGGAGGAGGAGCAGGAGCGGGAGCAGGAGCAGUGGCGGCGGCGGCCGCAGCGGCGGCAGCAGCAGCAGCAGCAGCGGGCGGCGGCGGCGGCGGCGGCGGCGGCGGCUAUGGGGGCUCGUCCUCGGGCUACGGGGUGCUGAGCUCCCCCCGGCAGCAGGGCAGCAGCAUGAUGAUGGGCCCGGGAGGCGGCGGCGGUGGCGGCGGCGGCGGCGGCGGCGGGGCUGCUAGCCUGGGCAAGGCUGCCGCUGCUGCCAGUUCUGCCGCGGGAGGGUUUCAGCGCUUCGCCGGGCAGAACCAGCACCCUUCGGGGGCCACGCCGACCCUCAAUCAGCUGCUGACUUCCCCGAGCCCUAUGAUGAGGAGCUAUGGCAGUAGUUACCCCGAUUACAGCGGCAACCCCAAUGCCCCAGGCCAGCAGCAGUCCCAGGCGCAGGGAGCGGCGGGGGCAGCUCCAGGAAGCCAGCAGGCAGCAGCGGGCAUGGGCAUGGGCAAAGAUCUGGGCUCCCAGUAUGGAACUGUAAACCCCGGUUGGGCAGCGGCACAACAAAGAAAUCAUCCAGCUAUGAGCCCUGGAAACACUGGACAGACCAUUAACAGAUCCCAGGGCAGUCCAAUGGAUCCAAUGGUAAUGAAGAGACCUCAGUUGUAUGGAAUGGGCAAUAAUCCUCAUUCCCAGCCUCAGCAAAGCAGUCCAUACCCGGGGGGGUCAUAUGGUCCCCCUGGCCCACAGCGUUAUCCAAUUGGAAUCCAGGGACGGACCCCAGGUGCCAUGGGAGGAAUGCAAUAUCCACAGCAACAGAUGCCGCCUCAGUAUGGUCAGCAAGGUGUAAGUGGUUACUGCCAGCAGGGCCAACAACCAUAUUACAACCAGCAACCGCAGCCUCAGCACCUACCACCCCAGGCACAAUAUCUGUCAACACAGUCCCAGCAAAGGUACCAAACACAGCAGGAUAUGUCUCAGGAAGGCUAUGGAACUAGAUCUCAACCUCCUAUGGCACCAGGAAAGCCCAACCAUGAAGACUUGAGCCUCAUACAGCAAGAAAGACCAUCAAGUUUACCAGACUUAUCUGGCUCCAUUGAUGACCUGCCCACAGGAACAGAAGCAACAUUGAGUUCAGCAGUGAGUGCAUCAGGCUCCACUAGCAGCCAAGGGGAUCAGAGCAAUCCUGCACAGUCGCCCUUCUCUCCUCAUGCUUCCCCCCAUCUUUCCAGUAUCCCAGGGGGCCCAUCACCUUCUCCUGUUGGCUCUCCUGUCGGGAGCAACCAGUCAAGAUCGGGCCCAAUUUCUCCUGCGAGUAUUCCAGGCAGUCAGAUGCCACCUCAGCCUCCUGGUAGCCAAUCAGAAUCCAGUUCCCAUCCAGCCUUGAGCCAGUCACCAAUGCCACAGGAACGAGGUUUUAUGACAGGCACACAAAGGAACCCUCAGAUGUCUCAGUAUGGGCCUCAACAAACUGGACCAUCUAUGUCACCUCAUCCUUCCCCUGGAGGACAGAUACAUCCUGGAAUCAGUAGCUUUCAACAGAGUAACUCGAGUGGGGCUUAUGGUCCUCAGAUGAGCCAAUAUGGACCACAAGGUAACUACUCCAGACCUCCAACAUAUAGUGGGGUGCCCAGUGCAAGCUACAGUGGCCCAGGUCCUGGCAUGGGUAUCAAUGCCAAUAGCCAGAUGCAUGGACAAGGGCCAAGCCAGCCAUGUGGGACCAUGCCCCUGGGACGGAUGCCAUCAACGGGGAUGCAGAGCAGACCAUUUCCGGGAAACAUGAGCAGUAUGACACCCAAUUCUCCUGGCAUGGCUCCGCAAGGAGGACCCGGAAUGGGCCCCCCAAUGCCAACUGUGAACCGUAAGGCACAGGAGGCCGCAGCUGCAGUGAUGCAAGCUGCUGCAAACUCAGCUCAAAGCAGGCAAGGCAGUUUUCCUGGCAUGAAUCAAAGUGGACUUAUGGGCUCCAGCUCUCCUUACAGCCAGCCCAUGAACAACAGUUCCAGCCUGAUGAACCCACAAGCCCCUCCUUACAGCAUGACCCCCAACAUGGUGAAUAGUUCAACAGCAUCUAUGGGUCUUGCAGAUAUGAUGUCACCUGGUGAGUCCAAAUUGCCUGUGCCUCUCAAAACAGAUGGUAAAGAAGAAGGCACUCCUCAGGCUGAGAGCAAGUCAAAGGAUAGCUACAGCUCUCAGGGUAUUUCUCAGCCCCCAACCCCAGGCAACCUGCCAGUCCCUUCCCCAAUGUCCCCAAGCUCUGCUAGCAUCUCCUCAUUUCAUGGAGAUGAAAGUGAUAGCAUUAGCAGCCCAGGCUGGCCAAAGACUCCAUCAAGCCCUAAAUCAAGCUCUUCUACAACCACUGGGGAGAAGAUUACAAGAGUGUACGAGCUGGGAAAUGAGCCGGAGCGCAGGCUGUGGGUGGACAGAUACCUGACCUUCAUGGAGGAGCGAGGCUCACCUGUGGCCAGUCUGCCAGCAGUGGGCAAAAAGCCUCUGGACCUGUUCAGACUCUAUGUCUGCGUCAAAGAGAUUGGAGGCUUGGCACAGGUUAAUAAAAACAAAAAGUGGCGCGAGCUGGCCACCAACCUGAAUGUGGGCACUUCUAGCAGCGCAGCCAGCUCCCUGAAAAAGCAGUAUAUUCAGUACCUGUUUGCCUUUGAGUGCAAGAUUGAAAGAGGGGAGGAGCCCCCUCCCGAAGUCUUCAGCACUGGAGAUACUAAGAAACAAGCUAAGAUUCAGCCGCCAUCUCCUGCUAAUUCAGGAUCCUUACAAGGUCCACAGACCCCCCAGUCAACUGGUAGUAACUCUAUGGCAGAAGUUCCAGGUGAUCUGAAGCCUCCCACACCAGCCUCUACACCUCAUGGACAGAUGACACCAAUGCCAGGUGGCAGGAACAGUGCAGUCAGCGUGCAUGACCCCUUCUCGGAUGUGAGUGAUUCCUCAUUCCCCAAACGGAACUCCAUGACACCAAAUGCACCAUACCAGCAGGGCAUGAACAUUCCAGACAUGAUGGGAAGGAUGCCCUAUGAGCCUAACAAGGAUCCCUUUGGUGGAAUGAGAAAAGUGUCUGGAAGUAAUGAACCCUUCAUGACACCAGGACAGAUGCCUAAUAGUGGGAUGCAGGACAUGUAUAACCAAGCCCCAACAGGAGCAAUGUCCAACAUGGCAAUGGGCCAGCGACAGCAGUUUCCCUACGGAGCCAGUUAUGACAGAAGGCAUGAACCUUAUGGGCAGCAGUAUCCUGGACAAGGGCCUCCCUCAGGACAGCCACCCUAUGGAGGACACCAGCCUGGAAUAUACCCACAGCAACCGAACUACAAACGUCACAUGGAUGGCAUGUAUGGGCCCCCAGCAAAACGCCAUGAGGGAGACAUGUAUAACGUUCAGUAUGGCAGCCAGCAGCAAGAAAUGUACAACCAAUAUGGCAGUACUUACUCUGGACCAGACAGGAGGCCCAUCCAGGGACAGUAUCCAUAUCCUUACAACAGAGAACGAAUGCAGGGCCCAGGUCAGAUGCAGCAACAUGGUAUACCUCCUCAGAUGAUUGGUGGCCCCAUGCAAUCAUCCUCAAGUGAGGGUCCUCAACAGAAUAUGUGGCCAACACGAAAUGAUAUGCCUUAUCCGUACCAGAACAGGCAAGGUCCAGGAGGCCCCGCACAGGCUCCCCCUUAUCCAGGAAUGAACCGCACUGAUGAAAUGAUGGUACCUGAUCAGAGGAUAAACCACGAGAGCCAGUGGCCUUCUCAUGUCAACCAACGGCAGCCUUAUAUGUCAUCUUCAGCCUCCAUGCAGCCCAUCACUCGACCUCAGUCAUCCUACCAGACCACACCAUCGAUGCCAAAUCACAUCUCCAGGGCUCCCAGCCCAGCAUCCUUCCAGCGCUCCUUAGAGAACCGCAUGUCUCCAAGUAAAUCUCCCUUCUUGCCCUCCAUGAAGAUGCAGAAGGUGAUACCCACGGUUCCAGCAUCACAAGUCACAGGGCCACCAUCCCAGCCACCCCCAAUUCGACGAGAGAUCACCUUCCCUCCAGGGUCUGUAGAAGCAUCCCAACCUGUCUUGAAACAAAGACGAAAGAUUACCUCAAAAGAUAUUGUAACUCCCGAGGCAUGGCGUGUGAUGAUGUCCCUGAAAUCGGGCCUUUUGGCUGAAAGUACGUGGGCUUUGGACACUAUUAAUAUCCUCCUCUAUGAUGAUAGCACCGUGGCUACAUUCAAUCUCUCUCAGUUAUCUGGAUUUCUUGAGCUUUUAGUAGAGUACUUUAGAAAAUGCCUGAUUGACAUUUUUGGAAUUCUAAUGGAAUAUGAAGUGGGAGACCCCAGUCAAAAAGCACUUGAUCACAACGCAAAUAAGAAAGAUGACAGUCAGUCUUUGGCAGAUGACUCUGGGAAGGAAGAAGAAGAAACUGAAUGUAUUGAUUAUUAUGAUGAUGAAGAUGAGGAUGAAGAGGAGGAAGAUGAAGAAGAUGAGAAGACAGGAGCAGAAGAUGAGAGUAUGGUUUUUGCCUCUCCUGAUGGCAGUGUUGAUCCAAAAGAGAGGCCAAAACAAGCAAGUAAAUUUGACAAACUACCAAUAAAGAUAGUAAAGAAGAAUAAUCUGUUUGUGGUUGACCGAUCUGACAAACUAGGCCGGGUUCAGGAAUUCAACAGCGGACUUCUCCACUGGCAGCUUGGGGGAGGUGACACAACUGAGCAUAUCCAGACUCACUUUGAGAGCAAGAUGGAAAUUCCUCCUCGCCGGCGGAUACCUCCUACCCUCAGCUCCCUGGGAAAAAAGAAAGAUAUGGAAGGAAGAGGUGAGUUUGAGGAGCAUCCAGAGAAAAGCAUAAUAGCAACCAUAGACGACGUCUUGUCAGCUCGGCCUGGAGCUUUGCCUGAAGACUCGAACCCUAGUAACCAGACCAAAAGCGGUAAAUUUCCCUUUGGUAUCCAUGAAGCCAAAAGCCACCGGAAUAUUAAAUUGCUUGAGGAUGAACCAAGGAGCCGAGAUGAGACUCCACUAUGCACCAUUGCCCACUGGCAGGACUCUUUGGCCAAGCGCUGUAUCUGUGUGUCAAAUAUUGUCCGUAGCUUGUCUUUUGUGCCUGGCAAUGACGCUGAAAUGUCCAAACAUCCAGGCCUGGUGCUGAUCCUGGGGAAGCUGAUUCUCCUUCACCAUGAACAUCCAGAGAGAAAACGGGCACCUCAAACAUACGAAAAAGAAGAAGAGGAGGACAAAGGGGUGACCUGCAGCAAGGAUGAGUGGUGGUGGGACUGCCUCGAGGUCUUAAGGGAUAAUACAUUGGUCACAUUAGCCAACAUUUCUGGGCAGCUGGACUUGUCUGCUUACACGGAAAGCAUCUGCUUGCCAAUUUUGGAUGGCUUGCUACACUGGAUGGUGUGCCCGUCCGCAGAGGCACAGGAUCCCUUUCCCACUGUGGGACCCAACUCAGUGCUCUCGCCUCAGAGACUUGUGCUGGAGACCCUGUGUAAGCUCAGCAUCCAGGACAAUAAUGUGGACCUUAUCUUGGCCACCCCUCCAUUCAGCCGUCAGGAGAAACUCUACGCUACUUUAGUUAGGUACGUUGGAGACCGCAAAAACCCGGUCUGCCGAGAAAUGUCCAUGGCGCUCUUAUCGAACCUUGCCCAAGGGGAUGCGUUAGCAGCAAGGGCAAUAGCUGUGCAGAAGGGAAGCAUCGGAAACUUGAUAAGCUUCCUAGAGGAUGGGGUCACUAUGGCCCAGUACCAGCAGAGCCAGCAUAACCUCAUGCACAUGCAACCUCCACCUCUGGAACCACCUAGCGUAGACAUGAUGUGCAGGGCGGCCAAGGCCUUGCUGGCCAUGGCCAGAGUGGACGAAAACCGCUCAGAGUUCCUUUUGCACGAGGGCCGUUUGCUGGAUAUCUCGAUAUCAGCUGUCCUGAACUCUCUGGUUGCGUCUGUCAUCUGUGAUGUACUCUUUCAGAUUGGGCAGUUAUGACAUACGUGAGAAGCCAAGCAUGUGUGGGUGAAGAUUAGAGGGUCCCCUGUAACUGGCUGUUUUCUGUUCUUGUUUAUCCAGCAUAGAAAGAAGGAAAAGAAAAUCUUUGCUCCUCUGCCCCAUUCACUAUUUACCAAUUGGGAAUUAAAGAAAUUAAUUUGAACAGUUAUAAAAUUAAUAUUUGCUGUCUAUGUGUAUAAGUACAUCCUUUUAUUUUAUUUUUUUUUUAACCAAAGUUGCUGUCUAGUACAUUCAAAGGUCACUUUUUGUUUUCAUAGAUUUCCUUUUCAGUGUUCUUUUCCAUGUUUGUAUUGCAUAUUUUUUGGGAAGCAAAUUAGUGACUUAAAAAGUUGUGGUAAAACAUAUGACCGGAAAACUUCACCACUUUGAAGCAAAAGGUGAAAAACAACAUACCAACUUCCUGUGUGUCUUUUUUUUUUCCAGAAAAGAAAAAAUACCCAUAUCCCAUCACCCAAACCUCUGUGCAAUAGACACUUCUAGUGAUGUAGGUAUAGGGAUCAAGGCGGUGUGUCUGUCGGUAGUCAUGCUAUGAAAUGAUAUCGGUUUCUCCACAGGAGAAUGGUUACCUUAGGCUAGGGGCAAAAACAUUUUUUUUUUUAAAGUUAAGAUUGAAAACACAUACCUGAUGACGAUCAACGUAAAUUGCUUCCUCACCACUACUGUCAUGUACGCUAUCUAUUGUUUGACCUUCCUCAAUGACAGUUCUUCACAAUUCCUUUAAUCAUUUUUUAAAUAUUUUUUUUUUUUACUGCCUGAGGGCCGUGAUGUAUAUAGAAGUUGUACAUUGAACAUACCCUCAUUUUUUUCUUUUCUUUUUCCUUUUUUUUUUUUUUUUUAGUGCGAAGUUUUUAGUUUCUUUUUCAUGAUGUGGUAACUACAAAGUGAUGGUAGAUUUAAAUAAUUUUUUAUUUUUAUUUUAUAUAUGUUUUUCAUUAGGGCCAUAUCUCCAAAAAAACAAAAAACACAAAAAUAAAAAAAACAAAAAACACAAAAAAAAAAAACCGAGGGUAAUGUACAAGUUUCUGUAUGUAUAAAGUCAUGCUCUAUUUCGGGAGAGCAGCCGAUCACAAUUGCUUCAUGAAUCAAGGUGUGGAAAUGGUUGCAUAUGGAUUGAUUUAGAAAAUGGUUAUCAGUACAGACAAAAAAAGAAAUAUACAGAAAAAAGGAAGAAACACAACUUCAGAGAUUUUUCAGUGAUGAGAAUCUGCAUUUGUAUUUCAAGAUAAUGUAGUUAAAAAAGAAAAAAGAAAAAAAAACUUGAUGUAAAUUCCUCCUUUUCCUCUGGCUUAAUGAAUAUCAUUUAUUCAGUAUAAAAUCUUUAUAUGUUCCACAUGUUAAGAAUAAAUGUACAUUAAAUCUUGUUAAGCACUGUGA